GGCUGAGCGCAAGCCGACGAGCCGCCAGCGAGUCGCAGCUCCGUCCCGGGCUGUCCGGGUUCCACGCCGGGAGCAGGCGGCGUCCAGGACUAGCCCCAGCGCAGCAAGCCAGAGACCGGACGGCCACCUGCGGGCCGGGGCUGCGGGAGGAAGUGGAGGAAGGCGGCCGGGCCGGGCCGGGCCAUGGCGCUCGACUUCCUGGCUGGAUGUGCCGGGGGUGUGGCAGGUGUGCUUGUGGGACACCCGUUUGACACAGUCAAGGACUCAGGGCAGCCUGUGAGCAGCAGGGCCCUAGGCCAGACCUUCUGUACUUGCUACAAACCUUGAACUUGGCUUCUCUUCCCACCCAGGGGCCACCCGUCAGUAGCAAAGUGCAACUUUGUUGCAGAUGCGCGGAAGCCUCACCGGGGAGCGCUAGUCUGGCCCCCAGGCGGGAGAGGUCCUGGGAGCGACACUUCUCAGAGUGCCUGCGCUUGAGGUUCAGAAAUGGUGCGGCUGCAGGUGCAGAGUGUGGAGAAGCCGCAGUACCGAGGGACGCUGCACUGCUUCCAGUCCAUCAUCAAGCAGGAGAGCGUGCUAGGUCUGUACAAAGGCCUCGGUUCCCCUCUCAUGGGGCUCACCUUCAUCAAUGCAUUGGUGUUUGGGGUACAAGGCAACACCCUCCGGGCCUUGGGUCAAGACUCGCCACUGAACCAGUUCUUGGCUGGCGCAGCAGCCGGUGCCAUCCAGUGUGUCAUCUGCUGCCCCAUGGAGCUGGCCAAGACACGGCUACAGCUUCAGGACGCGGGCCCAGCCCGCACCUACAAGGGCUCCCUGGACUGUCUGGCACAGAUCUACCGCCGCGAGGGCCUGCGCGGUGUGAACCGGGGCAUGGUGUCCACUCUGCUGCGCGAAACGCCCAGCUUUGGUGUGUACUUCCUCACCUAUGAUGUGAUGACACGGGCCAUGGGCUGUGAACCACAUGACCACCUGCUGGUGCCCAAACUGCUGCUGGCCGGUGGCACAUCUGGCAUUACGUCCUGGCUCUCCACCUAUCCCAUGGACGUGGUGAAGUCACGGCUGCAGGCAGAUGGGCUGCAAGGAGCCCAACGUUACCAUGGCAUCAUCGACUGCAUGCGCCAGAGCUACCAGGCUGAAGGCUGGCGUGUCUUCACACGUGGCCUGGCCUCCACGCUGCUGCGUGCUUUCCCUGUCAACGCUGCCACCUUUGCCACUGUGACUGUGGUGCUGACCUACACGCGGGGCAACGAGGCCUCUGCUGCUCCUGCUGGGCCCGCUCUGGCCCAGCCCUCAAGCCUGUGAUGCCAUCCCUGCUGGCUCCCCAGGACCACUCUGCUGAAGCCCAGGCAGGUAAAGUGGCUCCUUGGCCUGUAAUCUCCACUCCACCAGCCUGAUUCCUUAGCUCUGAAACGGGGACACUCCUACGCACAUGGUACAGUCAGGAAGGUCGGAGGUGAUGCCUGGCCAAGUCCACACUCUGCAGCUGAACCUGCUACUCAGGAAACCAGCCAGAUUCUCCAGCCCCAGCAAUCCCACAGGCCUCUCUGAGCCACCUGUAACAGGCUGGCCAGUCACCUUCCAACUCCUUAAAUGUCUGUGACAGAGCCUCAGGGAGACCCUUGGCCACCUCUCACUGUUAGAGGCAGAGGCUAGCUUGAUGUGCUCCUGGCCUAGCAGAGAGACCCUCUGCCUGUGUACCAGCUCCUUAGCUGACGCCCUCCCACUGCCAGAUGUCUCCACAGUGAAAGGGAUGCGGCCCAGGGAAAGUCUUCCCUUCUGGGCCUCAAGCUGCCUGUCUAAAACGAGGACCUAGAUCUACCCGUGUCCGGCGUGCUACCACUGGCCAGGAUUCCAUGGUGAAGAGAAGGCCCUGCAGAGUGCACUGAGGAGCAUGCACCCCAACAAAUGGCAUCUUUUCGGGCAGUCUCCUCCAUACCCGCAUCCCUGAAGGUACAGAGGGCUUGGUAGUAGGCACAAUGUGGCCAGUUCACCCCAUUCUGCACUGAGGACUGGCAGGCACUCCCAGGAAGCAGGUUGUGUUUAAGGAAAGUCUCCACCUCACCAGCCAGGUUGAAGAGGAAGUUCUGAUGGAAUAAAGCUGUCACUGUUUUUAA